CUUCUAUUCACUCUUCUAUGGACAUUGCAAGACCAAACUUCCGACUUUGCUCAACCUGGAAAAGACAGUUCGCUUGCUGGCUCUGUUGCCUGUACCGCGAUGAAUCAUAUCAAACAUUCUAGAAUCCGCCGUCAACCAAAAACAAAUGACUGACCAUCGUCCUACUGAUCUGGGCUACGGUCAUCCUGGAAAAGCGACAUAUGACACCGAAGAGAGACAGUGGGUAUUCUCUAUAAAUCGGAUUGGAGGUAGGAUUGAUUCCUUACAUUUUGAGGGAGAAAUACUCAUGUUGCUUAGAACAAAAUGUCCAGCAAAUCUCGGCUUUUGAGGAAUAUGUACCUCCAUCUAUCAAAAGUCUUCCACCGAACAAUGGCAAACGUUCGGACCUUCCAAAGAACAAAUUGAAUAAGUUCAUGAAAGCAUUUCCUGAGAAUUUUCCAGCAAACGAAGUUUUAUCAAGUCUUAUGAAAUAUGAACCAAAACUCGAGGCUGAAACGCCGACGCAUUUUGGUACCCUCCUAGCAAUAGGCGGAAUUUAUGUGCAAGACAAGAAGAGACGUUCACAAAUUAUUGCCUUGCCUUGCGGUGAAGCUGGACAUAUUCUGAAAAUCAUCAGGGUGCAAACGAGAAAUCGGAGCUGGGGUGAUCGAAAAGCCCGAGAAGGUCCGACAAUUCAAUAUCAGUUCCCACAUCAAUUCGAUCAAGGACACUGGAUGGGUACUGGAGGAACCAUUCGACAAGUAGUGUUUUCUGGGGAUGAAAAUGAGGCCACUUCCUGGCUAGCAGUUCGUCAAGAUUCAGUUACGACUAUCUUCAGACCUAGUCAUGGCGAAGCACAAAACACUCCGGUACAAGGCUCGCCUUUGAAAGUAUUUCGGGCGUCUCCAUUACAGGCGAAUCCCAUCGUAUCUUUGAGUAUUCGGAAGACUGGAAUGCAAAACCAUGUUGAUGUUUCAUUCAAUCCUUGGUACAGCCGGCAAUUUAUUGUCGUGGAUAAGGACGGCAAUUGGUCCAUUUGGGACAUUGAAAAUUCCAAGAAAGGGUUCAAACUGGUGUCCGGAAAAAGCGGAAAUGUGUCUGAUGGCCAGGAACUGGACCCUUUGUCUAAGAGUUCUAUACUGGAUGAAGAUGACGGGUGGCAUUGUGCAUGCUGGGUUUCUGAACUUGCAACUAUCGCUGUUUGCAAUCGACGGACCGUUGCUAUAUUAAAUAUCAAGGCUGAACCCGCGCGUUUGCAUAGUAUCGAUUUCUCCAAGUCGUUUUCAGAGCGUAUAAUUGACGUCAAAAGAAGUCUCACUGAUCAGAAUCAUUUGUUUGUGUUGACUUCAUCGCAAAUUUUCUUGAUAGACAUCACUCCAGCGGGAGAGGGCGAUCAAGAUCACAUAGGGGCAAAAGUCAUUCUUUCAUAUCGGCACUUCCGGAACACAAAUGAUGAAACCCUGCGACUUGUCGCCUUGCAGGAUGAUUAUGGUUUGUAAAUCUUUCCGGAUGUACUCUUGCAAAGCUGACCUGUUAAAGCCUCGGUUGUGAUUAGUUCCAGCCAAACGCCCCUACUCAACAUCUACGCUUUUCGAACUGCACCUGGUGCAAAACAGACUAUCUCAUGGCAAAGGUCAUUUGUUCUGUCGAAAAAUACCAGUUCCCAGUCUCUAGACACACUUUGUUUUGUACCGGCGGCAUUUGACGCGGGCGAUGAUUCUGAUCUCGCAGGCUUGGAAGACGUCUUCCGGUUCUUUCAAGUAUGGGCGCUCACCUCGCAAUUAGCACUUACUUCAACAGUCUGUGUGGCUCAUGAUGCUGGUUUGGAUCAUUCAAAAAUCCCAUCGUUCUGGAAAAAUGUUACCCUGAAUCGACGAAAAUCAACUCGCUUUUCCAAGGUUGUUUCAGCGAAGGUUGUCCGUGAGCCAUUUAUUGUCAAAGACCAUGAAGACGAAGAAAAUCUGGAAUACAUCAAUCCUAGUUCUAUUCCUCAAGUCCCUCAUGAACUGGUUUUACGACAGAAGCAAGAAGAUUUAAGAUUAAGAAUUAACUGGGGCAUGGUAUUUGAUCGCAUUUACCGUAACAGCAUCAAAUCAAAGGCUGCCUCCCCAAUACCUUCACAAAACGAAACUGGUACACUUGAAAUGCUACUAAAGACAUUGUGGGAUGAAUUUCAUAGAGCCAAACAAACUGGCGGAAUCACCAUGUCAACUCUGUAAGUAUGGCUAUCAUCUCAAACUUUAUCAACGCUAACAUUUUGCGAGCUUUGAAUUGACGGGACAAACAACCUUUACUGAGGAACUUGAUAGAGCAACCAAUGAUUUGCAUGGAUUGAUUCAAGAGUUUAAAGAAAGUGAUGACCCCGAAGAUGAGUACAGACUUGCAAUCUCGAAUCUUACGCACUGUCCUUCGAUGGAUUCUCUUGCUAGUGUAAACAGGGAAGAGGAUAUAUCAAACUUCUUGUGGAUCUACGACAGAUUGACGGAUGGCUGGAUGUCUAGUCUACCCGAGAAAGUGUCAAACGCAUCACGCCUAUCGAAAUACAAAACAAUCCGCCAAGUUGCCAUAGAGCUCUGUCUCAGCUCCAUCGGCGUUUCUCUUACUACUGAAGAACAAUCCUUACCCAAACACCCAGAAGCCGAAGAUCAACAUCUGCUAUCACCGGAGAUGUCCCCCGAGCCCUCACAAUCCACCUACCAAACUCUGCCUACAAAUCGCACUUUCCGUACCCCAUCAAUAUACUCCCGCACUACAACCGCAAUAUCCGACCCCACUGAAGACCCAGCAAUCACCCGUCUCCGUCGCUACGCCAUCUCAAUAGAUACCCAAUCCGAUUUUGGUAAAUCACGACUUCUCUCCCAUUGGGUCGUGGGCGGCAACCCAGCAGAGUACUCAUGGGUAGCAGCCGAAAACAAUGCCGCUGCUGAGAGUGGCGACGAGAAUAACCGCAAAAAGCGACGGGAGGACUCAAGGAGGAGGAGACUAACGGAGAAGUUCUUGAUGAGGGAAAGGAGUGAGAGGAGUACGACUGUGGGUACGGAGUCGCAGCGUUCUGUCGUUGACGUCCCGAGGGGGAGCCAGCCGAGUGUUGGGGGCCAGAUGUUUAGUUCUCAGCCGGUGGUGGAAUUUCCGAUGACGCAGCCUGUUGGAGGGGCUUUUGGGAGUCGGAGUGCGACGAAGGGGAAGGGGAAGAAAAAGAAGGUUAGAAAGACUGGGUUCUAGAGUGGCGGUGGUGUACUGUUCAGAAGUAUGAGCAAUUAGUGUGAUGUAAUUCUUUGCUCGCCUGCACUUGUGGGAGCCUUUUGUUUUGAGAUACCUCUACUGCGGCUGGAAAUGUUGUAUCCCAUAUGUAUACUUAUGUAAAUACGGCAUGAAACUUGAUCCUCAGGGAAUUGAUAAAGAAACAUUCUGUAAAUCA